UAUUUCCUGUGGUAUUUCUUAUAGCGUCCAUGCAGCUUCUACCGCUAGCCGUGCAAGGCCCUAACACGAAUGAGUACUACCGAGAUAUCCAGACGAUGAUUGACACUCACUGGACACAUUUUCUGCUUCAGGUGUACAAUUUCAAGCACGAGAUACGAUCGAUAGGAUUGAUUCACCUAUGGUACGUUUCUGCGGACUUCCAGCUUUUCCUGGUGUCACUAACCGUCAUCCUAAUGCUCAGAUGGUCCAAAUUGUGGUGUGGCGUGGCAUUUCUUGUGCUGUCAGUUCUGAGCUGUGUCGUCUCCGCACUGCAAAUUCACAAGACGGAGCUGACUCCGUUUAUCAUCGCAAUGACUGAGGACUUCAGCACGGCGAGAAAAAUAAUGAACCUUUACUACGUGCAGCCGUUUUACCACGCGGUAUGCUUCUUCGCUGGAUGCAUUACUUGGUUGCUGAAGGACAGUUUCAAUCGCACUCCAUUCUCAAAGGCAGCAACCGCACUCUGCUGGCUCAUGAGUAUAGGUUGUGGUAUCACGUGCGUCUUCAUCAAGUUCCCGUGGUAUGGCGCAAGAGAGCCUACAAGCGAAGUGGGAAAACUGGCCACAGCAUUCUUCGAUAGAAUACUCUGGUCCCUCUGUUUGUCCUGGAUUACUUUGACAUGUUCUACAGGGCGUGGAGGAAUAAUGGAGUCUUUCUUGAGCUGGAAGGGUUUUGGUCCAUUGAGCAAGUUAGCCUUUGCAGUUUACCUGGUGCACAUGCCCCUCUACGAUCUCAUGAAUCAUCUCUGCAGGGAGCGCACAUACUUCUCCCACUUCAGCCUGGUGACGCAGUUCUUCGGCGUUUUCCUCUGGAGCUACUUCCUCGGUUACCUGCUGUACAUCUCAUGCGAAGCACCACUGGGCCACCUCGAUAGGCUCUUGUUCAGCGGGCGCAGAAAACCAUGCCAUAGUAUCGAAUGCAAACAGAUGGACAACGCAGAUACGCAAGACAAAAGGCGCAACUUGUUUUUGAUGCCGAGCGAUGGUAUCUACCGCAGAAAUGAGGAACAUUUGAAAGUUAUAAGACCGAAAUAAUCAGAUGAUGUGGUGGCUUGAGGGAAAUCGCAGAGUUCGGAAUUGCCGAACCUGAAGGGGGGAGCAGGGGGGAGGCACUGCAUGCCAUGCAGCUAAAGGUUUAGUGAAUGGUGCCUACAACCAUCUCGUCAUAGGUAUGCAAUUACGUUCGUUCAAACUAAUAAUGCUGGCAUUCCAUCAGGAAAAGGGUAACUUCCUUUUUAUACUAUAAGUUCGCUCGUUAUUAAACUGAGUUGUAAAAGAGAGCGCAAUUCGAUAAAUAUUGCGCCAUCGGUGACUUUGUCAAGCAACGUCGAUGAUCUCAUAAACCUGCAGCAUAUCGAGAGACAUCAUUGCUUAUUUCAUGCGAAAACAGGCUAAUAUUCUAUUGGGUCAAUUUUCUUGUCAGUUACGAAUGCCUCAUCCAUAAAUAUUCCCAAUUUUUUUUUCUUUGAUGCUCCUCAUUUUAUUUGGCACUACAAAUCAGGGCUAUGAGGCUUGCUCAGUAAACAUGACAGGGAAACGGGCCGGGGGCAAGAGAAGUGGUAGAGGAGCUCAUGAUGAGAAACUUGUUGGUCGAGCCACAGUGUCCAGAAUGCCUGAGAACACAGUUAUUCGGGAGUGGUAGUGCAGUAUUAGCUCCCGCGAAAAGUAAUUGCACACCCUCCUACCCAUGCUGCACUGAACGACACGAGAUGAGAGUAGCGGUCGCAUCAUUCAUAUCAGAAUGCAUAAUUACCAACACCGCAUGUACCCAGCAAGAGAAAGAGUUUCGUCAUGGUACUGGCGCCUCUUUGCACCAACUUCAGAUGACUGUUGAUAUAAUAUCUUGAAGUGCGUCCGCUCACAAAAUACAUGGGUUGUGCGUUAAGCUGCCUUGGCUCAGAAAGCAAACAGCAUAUAUAUUUUUUAAAUUUCCGACGCUAUAUAUGGAGCUCCCUCGACGCCUUCAUAACAUUCACAUGUUGAAACGAUUCGUGGUGAAAUGGUUUGCAUAGUUAGUACAGAUCAGCUACAAGUUUCACAUGGAAGUGGGGGCCAGAAGAGGGGGGGUAGCAAUUAUUUAGCUGACGCCUUAAUUUUCGAGCCUUUCACUUGAUUUUCGAGCCUUUCGAGAUCUUCGGCGACGCACAUCAGGGCGGUUUGGAGAGCCGUGGCGACCGGUGGGGUAGCUUUGAUGCCACGCGAACAUCCUUUGCCAAAGACGAAACCUUGCCAAAAGUGAUAAAAAAAUAUACCUGCACGAAAACUUGACUUUUCGAUGGCGGGAAAGUAAUUUCGCUGCUCGUGCGCAAGUGCGCCGCCCCAAGUUACGCAUGUUUCCUGGUCUGGAAGGUGGCGAGCUAUUAAAUGUGGUAUACACUAUUCUUUAGCAACUAUGUUGCGUAAAUAUACGCGCGACGCCAUGUCUUCCAAAAACAGAAUAGUGUAAAGUUGUGCGUAGAUAUGUGAUUAUCUUUGUAAUAUAAUGUAUCUUUGUAUCUAAUAUAAUGUAAUAUCUUUGUAAUAAUAAACUUUGCUUUGUAAUUACGCUGUGCUUAAACUCGCUUUUGUGCUGUGACGGAGGGCGCGCACCUCGCGCAUACGCUCAAGCCGAGUUCCUUGAAUAAACGUUCUUUCCUUGUU